UUUUAUUCUCAAAAUGCAGAGAAUACAUGAAGUUCCUCAUGAGAUGAUCAUAUGCCCAAAUUAAAUUAUAAAGUACUUGUGAAACUAUUGAGAUUUAUUGAUUUAUCUUCUGUCGUCCACUGCAUAAUUCUUUUUUCCCUGUCUGCUUUCAGUAAGAAGACUGUUAGGAUGCCCUUGGUAACACGGAGGCUGAGAGAUCCUGAUAUAAAUCCUUGCUUGUCGGAAUCUGAUGCUUCCACCAGAUGUAUGGAUGAAAAUAACUAUGACAGGGAAAGGUGUUCCACUCACUUCUUGAAGUACAAAAAUUGUCGGAGAUUCUGGAAUUCUGUCAUGCUCCAGAGAAGACAGAAUGGAGUGAAACCAUUUAUGCCUACAGCAGCAGAAAGAGAUGAAAUCUUGGGAGCACUGGGAAAGAUGCCCUAUUGAAUGUUUGCAUUAUAAUUGUUUUUAUAACAUAGACGCAUAUGAAUAUUUAAAAUAAAUGAUUGCUAUAAUCUUGAAGACUUUAUAGACCUCACUCAGACAGACUUCAAGUUCUAAAGGAGAGACAGAGUUAAGUCAGUCUGUGUCCUUUGUGCCUGCUCUCAGUGCUGUGAUGAUGGUAUGUUGCUGCUGACUGUGCCGCUGCACUGAGUUUGUGUGACUUCCUAGAGGUAAGGAAAUGUUAGGUGAGGCUAUAUGAGGUUUUACACUGGGUUUUGAAAGACGAAUAUGUUGUGAUCAAGUAAAGACUGAAUGGGGCUGAAGUGAAGGCGUGUUUCCAAGGAAAGAAAAUGAUGUGGGAACAGCAUAGUAGAAGGAAAGCUUGAAGUAGCCUGUGGGCUGCUAGACCUAAAAUUUCAGAGGGGUGAAGGAGGUGGGGAAAGACUGGGCAGGUAAGUUGAAGGUAAGGGCUGUGUGGUGGGCCUCAAAUCCCAGGCUCAUUCCUCAUAUCUGUCCUUACUUCAAUCACUUGUCUUUGUUUAAAUUCGCUUAGUACCUUCCCUGGAGGAAAACAGAUUGAUCUAAAUAAAUGGCAUGAAAAAUAA